GGACGUUGGGGUCUUCGGGCCAGGCGGUCCCGCGCAGGCUGCAGUCAGGCCCCGGCGGUCCCGGAGCCUCCUGCGUUGCUAGGCAACCCCCGGAGCCGGACGUGACGCCGCCGUGGUGGGGGAAGGGAGAGGCGGAGCGUGCGGCCGUGACGUCCUCCCAAGAUGGCGGAGAGAGAGUGAAGAAACUGUGCGCCCCUUGGGUUGCUGUCGAAGAAGGGUAAAAUUCAUUCUGAUAACAAAAUGCAGUAUUCCCACCACUGUGAGCACCUUUUAGAGAGACUGAACAAACAACGAGAAGUAGGCUUUCUUUGCGACUGCACUGUAGUGAUUGGGGACUGCCAAUUUAAAGCUCACAGGAAUGUGCUUGCUUCCUUUAGUGAGUAUUUUGGUUCAAUCUACAGAAAUACUUCUGAGAACAAUGUCUUUCUCGAUCAGAGUCAGGUGAAAGCUGAUGGAUUUCAGAAACUGUUGGAGUUUAUAUACACAGGAACUUUAAAUCUUGACAGUUGGAAUGUUAAAGAAAUUCAUCAGGCUGCUGACUAUCUCAAAGUGGAAGAGGUGGUCACUAAAUGUAAGAUAAAGAUGGAAGAUUUUGCUUUUAUUGCUAAUCCCUCUUCUACAGAGAUAUCUAGUAUUACUGGAAACAUUGAAUUGAAUCAGCAGACUUGUCUCCUUACUCUACGAGAUUAUAACAAUCGGGAGAAAUCAGAAGGAUCUACAGACUUAGUUCAGGCAAACCCUAAGCAAGGAGCUUUGGAAAGGAAGUCAUCUCAAACUAAAAAGAAGAAAAAGGCUUUCAACUCACAGAGUAAAACAGUGCAAUAUCCCAGUGACAUUUUAGAGCAUUCUUCUGUGGAAUUACUCCUGGACACAAAUAAGUUGUGCACACCCAUAAUAGAGCAAGUUGCACAAAGAAAUAAUCAUUCAGAACUUGAGUUGACAUCAGUUGUGGAAAAUACUUUUCCAGCACAAGAUAUUGUGCAGACUGCCACAGUGAAACGGAAACGUGGAAAGUCCCAGCCAAACUGUGCUCUGAAAGAACACUCCAUGUCUAAUAUAACCAGUGUCAAGAACCCUUACGAGCUGGAGAGCUCUGGGGAAGAGCUGGAUCAAAGGUAUUCGAAGGCCAAGCCAGUGUGUAACACGUGUGGGAAAGUGUUUUCAGAAGCCAGCAGCUUGAGAAGGCACAUGAGGAUACAUAAAGGAGUCAAACCUUAUGUCUGCCACUUGUGUGGGAAGGCGUUUACCCAGUGCAACCAGCUGAAGACGCAUGUAAGAACGCAUACAGGUGAGAAGCCAUACAAAUGUGAAUUAUGUGAUAAAGGAUUUGCUCAGAAAUGCCAGCUAGUCUUCCAUAGUCGCAUGCAUCAUGGUGAGGAAAAACCUUAUAAAUGUGAUGUAUGCAAUUUACAAUUUGCAACUUCUAGCAAUCUCAAGAUUCAUGCAAGGAAGCAUAGUGGAGAGAAGCCAUAUGUGUGUGAUAGGUGUGGACAGAGAUUUGCCCAGGCCAGCACCCUGACCUAUCAUGUGCGAAGGCACACUGGAGAAAAGCCUUAUGUGUGCGACACCUGUGGGAAAGCCUUUGCCGUCUCUAGUUCUCUUAUCACUCAUUCCCGGAAACAUACAGGUGAAAAACCAUACAUUUGUGGUAUUUGUGGGAAAAGUUUUAUUUCCUCAGGAGAACUCAACAAACACUUUCGAUCCCAUACAGGUGCAGACAAAACUCAGGAGGCCAGUACAGAGGAUACUUUGAGUGAACAAGAUGCAUUACAGAAAAGUCCUUUUUCUGAAGCAAUGGAUGUGAAGCCUUCUGAUAUGACUUUGCCACUAGCUCUUCCACUUGGGACUGAGGACCACCACAUGCUUCUGCCUGUCCCAGAUCACCAGUCUUCAACACCAGAUACGCUGUUGAGAUCAACUGUGAAUGGUUAUUCGGAACCGCAGCUGAUUUUUUUACAGCAGCUCUUCUGACUGUGUGAGGAAUCUGGAAAUGCUAAGACAUCUUUGGUGAGGUGAAGAUUCAUAUGAAAUCACCCUUCAUUUGAGUUUUGACCAUUAUUUUCCAAUCAUUGAAGUAAAAGUACCCGAUGCUGCAGCAUUACUGUGCAAUGUUUGACUUUUAUGUUUAGUCUACACACAGAGUUUUCUUAGGAGUGAAUUAUAUUGUGGUAGCACUAUUUGAGCUGAUUAAGCUUUAUUUCCUUUUAAAGCUGCCUUAAUUCUAUUUGCAUUUUGCAUUUUAGAAUUGUCCUUCCUUUAGUGACGUAAAAUCCAUUAAUCCAUAUGAUCUUUUUUUUUAUUGUGGUAAAACAUACUUAACACAUUUGCCAUGUGAACAUUUUUGUCCGCAUAAAGCUCGGGCCCUGACUACAUCCAUCAUGCUGGCCAGUCGUCACCACGGCCGUCACCAUCCUUAAAGUCUCAGUGCCCCUUGAGUGAUUCAGUUUUGACUUAGAGAUUUGUGGUUAUUUUUCUCCCCUCAGAAUCCAUGCUAUCAGCUCAAGGGUACUGCUAUUUAUAAAUUCAAUCGGCCAGUAUAAAAAUUAUUGAGGGGGGAGGGAGCAGAUGCAAUUCCUUAUUUCUACCUAAGAAAACUUAGAUACUAAUAGAAAUGUAUUUCCUUGGAAGGAACUAUUCUAAUGAAGUGAAUAUUUCUCUUAAAAGCUAGAGAAUUAUAUAAAUUUUUACUCAAAACAUUAUUCUGGAGAAAAUCAGUGAUUGUACUUUUGGUCUGAAUUAUCGGAGGCUGUGUUUUCAAAAUGAAUUUUAAAUAGGUAUUUGAUGUUUUUAUGUAGCCAAAAGAUGGCUUUAACAUUUUUUCACAGGUUUUUUAGUUGUUGGUGAUCAGGAGAAUAUACCGAGUUUUGGAAAAUUUUGAUAAGCGUCUCUUUGGCUGAUUAUGCACUUUUAAAAAUAAAUAUAAAUUCUGAAAAAAGUUUCUAAUAUAAGCUUAAUGCAAACUGUAAAUCACUUGGUUUCUGGAUUUGAUACUUUAUAUUAUGUAAGAGUGAAAAGCUAACUUCAAUUAAAAGUAAACAUUUUGGACUAAUGGGCCAAUUUAUUUUAUAUUUGAGUUUUCUACAAGGUUUGGAAUUUAAAAUUUUAUAAACUACAUUUGAUUGUUGUGGCUUCACAGCAGUUUUCCUUUUUCCUUUUGAAAGUAGAAAAUUCCUUAUUAUUCUGAUAUUUCCUACCCAUACUCCCAAUCCUACUUUCCCCAUGUAUUAUUUCAUUACCCAGGUCUCUGCAAUAAAUAAUUCCUUCCACGUCAGCACUGCCUAUGCUUCUGAGCAAAUACCAGGACCACAUUAUUUCUGCCGUGCCUUAGUUGUACCUUGCUUUCUGGUUUAUUUCAUCUGUAAUAAGAUUAAUAUAUUUUCUGUUGGUAUUAAUUUCUUUGUCAUUUCCUGUUUGGGAAACAAUCAGAGGAUAUAAAAAUCACUAAUUCAUGUAAACUGGAGAGAUCUUUACCAUUUUACAAUUCAUUAUUUUCACAAUAAACUGCCACCAGUGAAAAAUGA